AUGAUAUCAUCAGUGUGGUGUUUGGCCUUAUUGCUCUUUGCAGUACUAUCAAUAGUCCAGCCACAUCGCAUAGUAGGAGGAUCUCCAGCAAAGAUAGAGGAUUAUCCCUCCAUAGUUCAGGUCGAGAGACUGAACACCGCCACCGGGGCCUGGUCUCAGUCAUGUGCCGCCAACAUUCUCACAGCGAAAUCUGUGCUGUCAGCUGCACAUUGCUUUCAUGGACCUACCUACGAGCCAAGACUCCGCCGCAUCAGAGCUGGUACCACCUACCGUAACACCGGAGGCGAGAUCGCCUACAUCGAGUACUCCUUCAACCACCCUUCCUACACCGUCGCCGCUCGCUACGACGGUGACAUUUGCGUCGUGAGGCUGGAGACUCCUCUGGUGUACUCUAACAUUAUCCAGAGAACUGCCAUUCCUCCUCAAGGUGCAACUAUUCCAGAUAAUUUGCCCGUGGUGCACGCUGGAUGGGGAACCACUCAACAAGGUGGCAACGCAUCCGAUAUCCUCCUCGACGUCCAAAUAUACACCGUAAACAAUGAACUUUGUCGCGAACGCUACGCUUCCCUCCCAAACCAACCAGUCGUCACCGAAAAUAUGAUCUGUGCUGGUCUCUUCAACGUCGGUGGGGCGGACGCUUGCCAAGGUGACUCCGGAGGACCUUUGUACUACGGGAACAUCACUAUCGGAGUCGUAUCCUGGGGACAUGGAUGUGCCAACGCCAGCUUCCCUGGUAUAAGCACCGCCGUACCUUCCUACACUCAGUGGAUAAUCGAUCAUGUUUUAUAG